AUUCUUCCUAAGGUCAGAAACAUAAUGUUGCGCGCUCAUUGCACUGUUCUGGCGCAUUUGCUUGGGCGCCCCGGUCAGAUUGGACAGUUUAGGGUUUGAUUUGACGCAGACAGAAACGUUAGUGCCUUGAAAAGCGUCGCUCUCUUCUUCUUCUUCUUCUUCUUCUUAUUCGCUCUCUCUCUCUCUCCCCCCCUCUGCGAACGCAACGGGUUUGCACGGCUGUUAGCUAGCAUGCUAGGCUAACCCGUGCUAACUCGGGCCUGGCCCUGGCCUUGCCUGGCCCCUUGACACGAAAACCCCCAGCGCGGGCCCAGCCUGCUCUUCUUCGACAAACUGAGAUCGGGAGUGGGACUGCGGGUUCCUUGGCGUGCGCCGUCCCCUUAGCGGUCUAGCCAAUUACACGCUGAAAUGUUAUUAGCGUAGCCGAGCUCGCGUUCAAAUUCAUUUUCGUUACAACAAGCUAGCUGGCUAGCUAGCUAGCUAACGGGAGCUAGACAGCUGACGCCUGGGCAUGCUAAACCCACAGCUAGCUCAGAUGCUGGGUCCAAUGCAUCAAAAAGCCCAGUCAGACAGGGCUGAUGUCGCUUGUUGACACGGCCAGUUUUGAUCGCGGAGGCCCCGCAGGCGAUGGGGCUUGAGCUGCACGUCUCACAAGGAACCAUGGGAAUACCACUGCCCAACUGCGUUUGGGAGCCAAUAUGUUGAAAAUAUUUUACUUACCCGACUGAGGGGCAGAAUUCUGACUGCCAAAAGACUGAUGGUAAACAACUCGUAAGUCAAGACUUUACUGUGAAAGCGCAGCACACUACAACUCCUGAUCCUCUGAGCUCUGAAUGACAAGAUGCAGUAAUGGAAGUCCACGGGCAAUUCAGCACUGUAGCCAUGAAGCAGCUCAAAGGGUAGGGUCUGUCGUGAGCUCGCCUCACCCUACCCGGCCACCCACCCAUCCACCAUCCCUCCAGCUCCACCCGCGAGCCGAGACCCAAGUCAAAGCAUCACCCUGCAGCCCCACCCGUUUCAGCAAACUCUCCCACCACCACAUCUUUGGAAGACGAACAUGACGUGCAUUGCAAAGACACUGGUUGAUGUCUAAUAAAUAUACCUCUGAGGUGUCGAGCGUAAAUCCAGUGGAGCAAUGAAUGGCGGAAAGGACUGUGAGGCAGGAGAUGAGAGGCAGGCCAUCCCUGUCCAGGUCCCCAUUGGCUGGCAGCGCAGGGCGGAGCAUGGCGGAGGGGUCAUAUACAUAAGUCCCAGUGGCUCAGUGCUGUCCAGCUUGGAGCAGGUGAAGACCUACCUGCUGACAGAUGGAACCUGCAAAUGUGGCCUGGAGUGCCCACUCAUCCUCCACAAGGUGUUCAACUUCGACCCAGGGGCAGCUGUCAAGCAGAGGACAGCGGAGGAUGUGAAAGCAGAUGAAGAUGUCACCAAACUCUGCAUUCACAAGAGGAAGCUCCUGGCCGUAGCCACACUGCACAGGAGCAUGGGGACCCACCCACCUCUGACGCUAACCAGUCCAGGGGGAGGUACAUCAUCUGUGGUUGCCGCGCAUUCGACGACUCAACGAGCAAUAAGGACUAAACCCCACGAUGGCCUGCCGAAUGCUGUUAGGCCAGACUGCAAGAGUCCUUUCAAGAUGAUGAUGGCAGCUGGACAGCAGCAGAGACUGUAUCCACCCCUUGAGAUGGGUGCAGCCCAACAGGCAGAGCUCUACUCUGGAUACCCCAGGCCACAGAGGCUGGGCAGUGGGGAGCCAGGCCACAAAUCCCCUUACAGGGCUGGGUAUGGAGGCAUGCUGAGCCCACCUCCCUCCAGUGCAAAGCUGUAUGGAGAUGGCUCACUGUCUCCCAGCGCAGACACUCUGGGCAGCCCGGAGGGCUAUUCAAGGACCAAUCCUUGUGGCUUUCCAGGAGCUGGCAGUCCUGGCUCAGCCUCCAUCCAUGGGAAUACUAGGACGCCUCUUUCCCCACCUAGUGUGAUGCUCCAUGGCUCCCCAGCGAGCCAGCCAUCCUGCUCCAUGACAGGGAGGACUAGCACACCCCUCUCUCCGACGGCCACUGCCAAAAGCCCUGUCAUGAACAUGAACAUGUCACGUGGCAACUUCCCCCCAGGUAUAGAUAUGCCCCGUGCAGCAUUUCACCAUAAAACACAACCCCCUUUGCAUCCUGUGCCGCCCCCUCCAUCCAUACCACCAUCCUGUGCCCUUCAGAAAAGGCAGUUGACUUCCGAAAAAGACCCAUUAGGUAUCUUGGACCCUAUUCCCAGCAAACACGUUAGCCAGCCCCCCACUAACGCCCCAAACCCCUCAAACUUCCAGCCUAACAUCCACUCUCAGGUACCAAUGAUGAAUGUAAACAUACCCCCUCCUGCCAUUGUUCCCUUGCCAAGCAACUUACCUUUACCCACAGUAAAGCCUGGGCCUGUGGGGCAUGGUGGCCAUGUUCAGAGAACUCAACAAGGUGGUACGACCUCCUCCAUGUCCCCCUCCCCUGUCACUUCCCCUGUCCACAUGGCUGGGCCUGCACAUGGGAGAAUGGAGGCCUCCCCUCAUCGCUCACGCUCAUCUUCCACCUCCUCUGAUCAUGGAAACUUUGCUAUUCCCUCUGGGCACCAGGGCCCAUGUGGCACCAUGAAGGUCCCUCCUCGUUCCCCCAGGUCUGCCAUGGGAUCUCCCAGGCCAGCCAUGCCCUCCAGCCCAUCCACCAACAAAGCAGACCCACUCCACCAGUACAAAGACUCCCAACUGUUGCCGGGGAUGGGAAAUUCUAUUGGCGCCCAGCAGCAUGGUAACCCCUUGUAUUCACCCACCUCUUCCUCCUCCUCAUCCUCCUCUCUGGCAACACCCAGCGCUUCCCAGAAGGGCCACCCAGGACUCCUGGGGAUGCCCCUCAACCAGCUCCUCAACCAACAGAAUGCCGCUUCCUUCCCCGCCAGCAGUCUCUUGUCAGCUGCAGCCAAAGCACAGCUAGCAAAUCAAAACAAACUCAGCGCUGUUGGCAACAGCGCUAAUGGCAUGGCUGCUGGUGGAGUUGGUAUAGCAGGCAUUGGGGGAGGUAGUGGUGGGAGUGGUGGGCACCCUGGCUCUAUGAGCGGCCCUCGAGGCAUGGAGGGACACAGCACUUUAAAUCCCAUGCUCCCGCCAAAUUCCACCAUGCUGCUCAAUACUCCUGAGGGCCAGAGUGGUCGGGCGGCUCUCAGAGACAAGCUUAUGGCCCAGCAGAGAGACCCCAUGCGCAAACGGAAGCAGUCAUCAGGCAGCGCCGCUGUAAACCAUGACAACAGUAACAACAUGGGCUACAACAUGCUUAACAAAUCAGGCAUGGGUGGACCCCACAUGCCAGGGCCCAGUGCUACUGAGCAGUUGCGAAAAGUGGGGCGACUUGGAAACCUUCCCCCAAACACCUCCAUGGCCCAGCUUCUCCAGUCCAUGAGCUGUCAGAGCACCCACAGCCUGACUGGGAACAGCCAUCGUCCAGGUCUUAGCCCUGGCCCAGGGCAAGGUCCUCAAGGAGCUGCACAGCUGCACUACAAUGACGGCACGGGAAUGGUUCCUGGUGGCCCUCAGCAGAACCACCAUGUCCAGCAGAGGCUGCAUGGUCCAGGAGAUGCCAUGCAGCACUGCCAGAGCAUGGACGCCUCUGGAGGCCACAUGGGCUCACGUCCAAGCCAGUUCCCUGACAUGAUGGCCCAAAUGCAGGCCUCGUCCUUGAGUAACUGUGGGCCUAUGGGGCCAGGCGGUGGACCAGUGGGCCCCGAUGGCAUGCCACUAGGGCGCCCAAACACCAACCCCCCACCGCUAUCCCAUCCUGGCUCUCAUCCCUCACAGCAGAACCUCCUUCACAGAAUGGGGCGGACUAACAUGGUGGUGGCACAGACCAUUUCUGAUGCAGGAAACCCAUCAUCCCUUGGAUGUGGAGUGGGAGUCCUGCAGGCACAUGUCAACACCGGUGGAGGUCAGAUGUAUCCGCAGCAGGUCCACCAGGGCCUCCAGCAAGGGGUGGCCUCCCACCCAGCCUACCAGGGCCAGCAGCACUUCUCUGACAAUGCACCAUACACAGAAAGCAACAUUGCCAAUGCUGGCUCCAUGGCCUGCCUCUACCAGAAUUACCAGCAGGGGAUGUUGUCACACCCACAAUUCGGUGAGGGGCAUCAGCCCCAGGCGGAGGGGCUUCCAGCGGGUACACCUGGCUCAGACAGGGGGCCCAGUGGUGGUCCAGAGUCAGUGGAUGCAAUCUACAGAGCUGUGGUGGACGCUGCCAGCAAGGGCAUGCAUGUUACCAUAACCACUACAGUGAGCGGGACCACACAGGCAAGUCCGGUGCCUGCCCUCAGCGCCAUGAGUGCCUUCACUGCUUCUAUAGGGGAGCCUGUCAACCUCCCCCAAGCAGUUAGUGCAGUCCUGCAUGGGCACCAGGAAGGGGAGGCGUUACACCAGCAAACCAGGCCGAGGCAGGUGAGGACCGGACGAGGUCAUAAGAACAUGGAUGCAGGGAAGCGCACCCCAGACGGCCCCGAGGCCAAUGACUACUUCCGUUCUCCUGGCCGUGGGACUCCCAGGGGGCAAUGGGACGGGGAGACACAGCACGGGGGAGGUUUCGACGCACACAACAACAACAGCGUCUGGGGUGGGGAGGAAUUUCUAGAGUGUUCUACCCAAGUUAGGAGCAGUCCCUGCAUGGAGCGACCUGGCAGUUUGGCUCCAGCCCCACCUUGCCCCACUGAGGGGUCCAACGAUCACGGCCUGGUCAUGGCCCACGAUAAGGCCUUUCUCAAUGAUGGAUAUCGCUUCAACAACUGCAGCCGGACGCCUGUGAAUUACAAGGAGCGUCUGGAGCAGACAGUGGAACGCUGCGCACAUAUCAACGGCGUCACCCCCCACUUCAACACCCGGGGUUACGGAGAAGUCCUGGGGCCCCCCCGGCAGGAGUUGACGGGGGACGACCAGUCGCCCAGCUCCUCCACUAGCCUGGAGGGACCACUGGCCACAGCCAAAGACUACAGCCACUACAAUGGCCACUUCAACGGUAUGGCGCCCAGCCCCUCGGACACCAAGAGCCUGAGCAGCGAGGAGGACCUGCGGCAGCCAGACUCUCCCUCCUCAGAGCUGCUUCACUACAGGUCCAGGACCUUCAACAUGGGAGAGCUGGUGUGGGGCCAGCUGAAGGGCUUCCCGCCCUGGCCUGCCAAACUGGCCGGGGACGAACAAGUGCACAGUGCUUCCAUGCAGCUGAGGGAGCAGGCGAAGGUAGAGCCAGAGAAGCUAAAAACACUAACUCACGACUUGGAGGCACUUGACCGAGUUGCAAAAAGAGGCCUGAAGCCGGGGAAACUGAAUAAUCACUUGGAAGCUGCUAUCCAUGAGGCUAUGAGUGAGCUGGAUAAGAUGUCAGGCACCAUCCCGUCGAGGGAUCGCCAGGUGAAGCUGCCGAAGCCUAAGAGGAGGAAAAUAUCCAGAUAACAUUGAAUGUGUCGGCCCAAGAACGUCCUCAACUCCGUCGGAGACUUUGUCCGUGCGGCCUUGAUGCGAUCUGAGCUCUCUUAACAGGUGCUACACAUGGACUUUCAGUGGUACAUCCUUGUUCCAUGAUAUCAACUUGACUUAUUGACUGACCACAGGAGGUGCUGGGCAGUCCAAUCACCAAUACAGUUUUACUGGUAGAAAGCAAAAAAAAAAAAAGAAGAAAAAAAAUAGAGGAAAUACAACAAAAAUGGUUGCAAUUUGUCUACUGCUCACUGAAUUAACUAUUUUUUUCUAGUAUAAUAUAGUAAAAUAAACAAAAACAAAAAAAGCUACAAGCAUUACCUGACAUAUUUAAGAAAAAUAGACAGUCCAAAUAUUUCUGAUACAUUUUCAAUAUGUAUAUAGAUAAUCCUGAAAUUUCAUGCUAUUAAGAAAUGUAUGUAAAUAUUGUACAAUGUCAUGUACAAGCGUACCUAAUGCACAUUUUAUCUUUUAUUGUACAAAGACAAAGCAGAAGAAGUGUACCAAUGUCUUGGUUUCUAUUCAGAAAUGCGGUUACAUACGGCCACAUGCAUAGGAUAAAUAAGAAUACAGCCUAAAGCUUUUAUAUGAUGA